UGACGGCGGCAAGGGGCGGGGACAGGCGACAGAAGCGCGGAAAGCACAGCGGCGGGAGAGGAGCUUGGGCUCCGGGUCUCCCCUGCUGUCAUGGCUACCGUGGACCUAGAGAAGUUGCGGAUGUCCGGGGCUGGCAAGGCCAUCGGAGUGCUGACCAGCGGCGGCGAUGCGCAAGGUAUGAACGCCGCUGUCAGGGCUGUGACUCGUAUGGGCAUAUACGUGGGGGCCAAAGUCUUCCUCAUCUACGAGGGCUACGAGGGCCUUGUGGAAGGAGGUGAGAACAUCAAGGCAGCCAACUGGCUUAGUGUUUCCAACAUCAUCCAGCUGGGCGGCACCAUUAUUGGCAGUGCUCGCUGUAAGGCCUUCACUACGAGGGAAGGACGCCUGGCAGCAGCCUACAAUCUACUCCAGCAUGGCGUCACCAACCUGUGUGUCAUCGGUGGGGACGGCAGCCUCACAGGGGCCAACAUCUUCCGCAACGAGUGGGGCAGCCUGCUGGAGGAGCUGGUGAAGGAAGGUAAGAUCUCGGAGGCCACAGCUCAGAACCACGCACACUUGAGCAUUGCUGGACUGGUGGGCUCCAUCGAUAAUGACUUCUGUGGCACCGACAUGACCAUCGGCACAGACUCGGCCCUGCACCGCAUUAUGGAGGUCAUUGAUGCCAUCACCACCACGGCCCAGAGCCACCAGAGGACCUUUGUGUUGGAGGUGAUGGGACGUCACUGCGGUUACCUGGCACUAGUGUCUGCGCUGGCCUCGGGAGCUGAUUGGCUGUUCAUCCCUGAAGCACCCCCUGAGGAUGGCUGGGAGAACUUCAUGUGCGAGAGGCUGGGUGAGACUCGGAGCCGGGGAUCGCGGCUAAACAUCAUCAUCAUCGCUGAGGGGGCCAUCGACCGGCAUGGGAAGCCUAUUUCAUCAAGCUACGUGAAGGAUCUGGUGGUUCGGAGGCUGGGUUUCGAUACGCGAGUGACCGUGCUAGGCCAUGUGCAGCGAGGAGGGACGCCCUCAGCCUUUGACCGAGUGCUGAGCAGCAAGAUGGGCAUGGAGGCCGUGAUGGCGUUGCUGGAGGCCACACCCGACACGCCAGCCUGUGUGGUCAGCCUCUCUGGGAAUCAGUCUGUGCGGCUGCCUCUCAUGGAGUGUGUGCAAGUGACCAAGGAAGUGCAGAAGGCCAUGGACGAGAAACGAUUUGAGGAGGCCAUCCAGCUCCGUGGCAGGAGCUUUGAAAACAACUGGAAAAUCUACAAGCUCCUUGCCCACCAGAAGAUCUCUAAGGAGAAGUCUAACUUCUCCCUGGCCAUCCUGAACGUGGGAGCCCCCGCGGCUGGCAUGAACGCAGCUGUGCGUUCAGCAGUGCGCACUGGCAUCUCCGAGGGACACACAGUGUACGUCGUGCACGAUGGCUUCGAAGGCCUGGCCAAGGGUCAGGUGCAAGAAGUGGGCUGGCAUGAUGUGGCAGGCUGGCUGGGGCGUGGUGGCUCAAUGCUGGGGACAAAGAGGACGCUGCCCAAGCCCCACCUGGAGGCCAUUGUUGAUAACCUCCACGCCUACAACAUUCACGCCCUGCUGGUUAUUGGUGGCUUUGAGGCCUAUGAGGGUGUGCUGCAGCUGGUGGAGGCACGGGGCCGCUACGAGGAACUCUGCAUUGUCAUGUGUGUCAUUCCUGCCACUAUCAGCAACAAUGUGCCUGGCACUGACUUCAGCCUGGGCUCAGACACAGCUGUCAAUGCGGCAAUGGAGAGUUGUGACCGCAUCAAGCAGUCAGCCUCGGGGACAAAGCGUCGCGUGUUCAUCGUAGAGACCAUGGGGGGCUACUGCGGCUACCUAGCCACUGUGACAGGCAUUGCUGUGGGCGCUGAUGCCGCCUACGUCUUUGAGGACCCUUUCAACAUCCAUGACUUAAAGGCCAACGUGGAGCAUAUGACAGAGAAGAUGAAGACAGACAUCCAGAGGGGCCUGGUGCUCCGGAACGAGAAGUGCCAUGAACACUACACCACAGAGUUCCUACACAACCUCUACUCCUCGGAAGGCAGAGGUGUCUUCGACUGCAGGACCAACGUGCUGGGCCACCUGCAGCAGGGUGGUGCUCCAACCCCCUUUGACCGGAACUAUGGGACCAAACUGGGGGUGAAGGCCAUGCUGUGGAUGUCGGAGAAACUGCGCGAUGUCUACCGCAAAGGGCGGGUGUUUGCCAACGCCCCGGACUCGGCCUGUGUCAUUGGCCUGCGGAAGAAGGUGGUGGCCUUCAGUCCAGUCACAGAACUCAAGAAAGACACCGAUUUUGAGCACCGCAUGCCCCGGGAACAGUGGUGGCUGAAUCUGCGGCUAAUGCUGAAGAUGCUGGCACAUUACCGCAUCAGCAUGGCAGACUACGUGUCCGGGGAGCUGGAGCACGUCACACGCCGCACCUUGAGCAUAGACACGGGUUUCUGAGGCCACCACCACUACUGCC